AUGGAAACCACAGAGGAGAAGAAUAUCAUACAGUUGAAUGUUUGUGAUGCUGAUCCAGUCACCAAUGAUGACAUCGAAUUUAUUGUUCUUUUUGAUUUGUCAAAAGUCCAGCCUGGAAAUCCAGUCUUUGAGAAAUUCUCCUUAAAACCAAAGAAACAAGAACAAUCUUAUCAUUAUGAAUUUCUAGAAGUGGAAUUCAAGCUCUCAGAUGUGCCAGGCCCUUCUGAGCAACUCAUUUCCAAUGGUGUCCUAGUGGCCCGUGAACUUUCCAUUUUGGAUGUAAAAGUGAACAAGGAGGAUAAUGAGAAGGUUUUGAAAGCCAAUAAAAAUGUGGUCUUUUCAGUCCAACAAUCUUAUGAAGGAACACAGAAGACAAGCACAAAUUUAGAUUCCUUCCGCUUUCAUUGCAUAAAAAGCUUUGGACCAGUACUAAAAGUUAAAACUCAGAACAUUUUAGCUAACGAGGACAGUGAUUCCGAUUAUUCUUUAAUUCUGCCUUUGAAACUGCUUCCAGUUGGCUAUCAAGUCAAAGUUGAAUUACCAAUGGGGAAGGGUAGUACCUUUGACCUGUAUCUCCAGGUAAUGGACUGGUCACAGAAUCUUGAUGUGCGUUUGGGCUAUGAGCUUUGUCCUGAUGAGCAGGAUUAUCUGCGUGAAAGGAAAAAGGUUGUUGCAGAUGCCCUAUAUAAGCUUUUUAAUCUAGGAGAGGAGUUACAAGAGGAUGAGGUCCCAGUGAUUGCUCUUGUGGCAACUGGAGGUGGUAUCAGAGCGAUGACAUCAUUGUAUGCUCAUCUCUCAGCCUUCCAGAAACUGAACCUUUUGGAUUGCAUUACAUAUAUCACCAGUGCUUCUGGAUCAACAUGGACACUGACAAAUUUGUAUCGUCAUAUUGACUGGUCCCAUCAAAGUUUCAACGACCAUAUCAGAAAUUUGAAAAGACAGUUGAUCAAGAACAAAAAGAAUACUAUUUCUAGUGAAAGAUUGAAGCAGUAUCACAAGGAGCUAACUGAGCGGAUCAAAGCUGGUCAUCUUUCAUCUUUUACAGCACUCUGGGCCCUUAUUCAGGAAGCUUUUUUCCACAAGGGAGCGAAUCCUGGUAAGCUCUCAGAACAGCAACAGGCUUUGACUCAGGGGCAGAACCCCUUUCCUAUUUAUACAGCCAUAAAUGUCAAACAUGAUCAUGUCAGCACUUUUGACUUUAGAGAAUGGCUGGAGUUCAAUCCUUAUGAAGUGAGUUUCCUAAAAUAUGGUGCACAGAUUCGCUCAGAGGAUUUUGAUAGCGAAUUCUUCAUGGGAAGGGUGGUGAAGGAGAUCCCAGAGUCCCGGAUUUGCUAUCUGGAAGGUAUCUGGACUAACAUUUUCAGUCCAAAUCUCCUGGAUUGUUUGUACUGGACCGCAACACCAGAUGAAUUCUGGGAACGAUGGGUGAAAGACAUGGAAAUAAAGCAUGAGAAUUAUUCUUCAAUUGAUUAUCCUGCCACGGUCUACAAACCUCCAAGUUAUCCCGAUGGAAAACUUUGUGAAAUCUUCAAUGACAUUUUAACUAAUCGACCUUUAAGUGGGGAGAAUCAUAACUUCCUGCAAAGCUUUGCUUUUGAUAAAGAUUAUCUGCAUCAGAAAGAAUUCAUGCAAUGGAGUGAUACCAUAUUUGACACUUCUUCUAACAAAUUGACUCCAAACACAAGCACCCUCUGUUUAAUAGAUAUAGGAUAUUUUAUGAAUGACAGUGGCAUAUCACUUCUCAAGCCAGAAAGGAAUCUGGAUAUAAUUAUUUUUCUGGAUUAUGAGAUGAGUGGAAUCUUAAGGCUGAACAUCUUCGCUCGUUAUGAGGCGAAUGAACCAGACCGUGUAACCCCUGCUGGCCGGCCUUCUGAUUCUCAGCCACUCACCUUGUACGAACACCAGGUGAGAGCUGUAUUGAAGGCUGUGAAUCCCAGCAAAGCUGCAGGCCCAGAUGGGGUACUGGGGACUGUGCAAAUAAAGGUGACCGCCGAAUACUGUGAAAUCCAAGGCAUUCCAUUUCCAAAGAUUCAUCUGAGUGAGAAAGAGCGAAAGGAUUUGAAGGAGUGCUACAUUUUCUCAGAUGAAGAUAACCCCAAUGCACCAAUAGUGCUUUGUUUUCCACUAGUCUGUUGCACCUUCAAAGAAUACUCAGCACCAGGGGUUAAACGCACUCCUUCAGAAAUGAAAGAAGGCAAAGUCAAUCUGGAAAAAGGCACCUCACCCUAUCAAACUCUUGAAAUAACCUACACUGAAGAACUCCUUGACAAACUAAUAAAUUUAUGCAGUUACAAUGUUCUUAAUAGCAAAGACUUCAUCUUCCAAGCCAUUCAAAACGCUAUACAGAAAAAGCGACACAGUGGACCCAGAAAUGCUAAACAAUGA